ACGUGCCUCCCUAUUGUGUUGGCAACCAUUGGUGACCGCUAGCCAACACCAAAACAACGGGCAUCUGCAGUCGCGUCGCCGCUUAUAAAAAAAACGCCUCAUUAUCAUUUUAACCUUAUCGGUUGCAUAGCGACCAAAUGAGGUGAAAAUAAUACAAUGUGUUGCUUUAAUGACAAGUAGUCGUAAAUAAUUAAUAAUCCUGAUUGAUUUUGCAGCAGUCGAUUAUUGCGCAUCUGGAUUUGACUGAGGCUGUGCUAACUAGCUAGCUCGAUAGCCAGCCGAUCGUCGUUGUCAGCUAACCGGUGGCUUCCUCUAGCCAGUGGCUAAUUUAGCUUAGCUUAGCUUUUCCAACAUACUCUUGGUUCAUGCAGCAGCGGGACAAAGAUAUUGCCAGAAAAUGUAAAUAGUUAUGGAGCCAGAGAGACGGGAAUUGGCAGUGCCAGUAAUGGCCUCCCCCCUCCCCGUCUUCUCCUUCCUCCUUGUGGUGCUUGUGCUGUUGGCCAAGUUGCCACCUUGCCAGGCGGGCGACUGCAAGGGGCACCGGCAGGUUUUGAGGGGACCACCAGGCUACGUCACAGAUGGACCAGGGAACUACUCUGUCAAUGGCAACUGCGAGUGGCUUAUCAAAGCACCCAGCAACAGCCAUCGCAUUGUGUUGAAUUUCACCUUCAUGGACACAGAGUGCACCUACGAUUACCUGUUUGUGUACGACGGAGACUCCUAUCAAAGCCCCCUGCUGGCUAGCCUGAGUGGCAACACCCUGCCGCAGCCCAUAGAGGCCAAGUCUGGAAAGAUGCUGCUGCAUCUCUUCAGCGACGCCAACUACAACCUCCUGGGCUUCAACGCCACCUACACCUUCUCCCUGUGUCCCGGAGCGUGCAGUGGUCAUGGCCGCUGCAAUUCGUCCACACACAAGUGCCACUGCCAUCAGGGUUGGGGCGGGGCGGCUUGCGCGGCGCCCCUGUGCUCCCACGCCUGUUCCGCGCACGGCCAGUGUGACAAGAAAGGAGAGCGCUGCCUUUGUAACCCGGGUUUCUUGGGUCGCAGUUGUCAGCUGGGUCUCCAUGACGACAGCGGGGCAGGGCAGUGGUGGCGUGUCAGUCAGGGGGACCCCUACAUGUCGCCCAGGACUGGCUCUGCUGGCGUGUACCUAUCCUCCACUGGGGCAUUGUACUUGUUUGGAGGGUUCGACCUGAAUAGAGCGCUUGGCGACUUGAACAAAUACAACUUCACGUCCAACCAGUGGGAGAGCAGGUCUUAUGGUCACUCACCUCUAGCCCGCCAUUCCCACACCGCUGUAGAGUGGGCGGGAAACAUGGUCAUUUUUGGUGGGGAGCUGGCUAAUGGCUCGCUGGCAGGCGAUGUCUGGAUGUAUCGCCCCCUGCAGGAUGACUGGCAGCAGCUCGGCUUUUCACACACCAACGGCGCUCUCAAACUGGCCAAUCAUGCAGCAGCUGUAGUGGACAGUUACCUCUAUGUGUUUGGAGGUCGCACAGAGGAGGACAUGUUUUCCUCCUCCCUCUAUCGGUUCAGCCUGAGGGGCUCUGGGCGGUGGGAGACCAUUCAGCCCACUGGUGGGAAGCCCCCGGCCACCGCUGGUCACUCCAUGGUGUUCCACAGCCCCUCCAGGACACUGUUGGUGUACGGCGGUCACCGACCGACCACUGCAAGGUUUAGCGUGAGGGUGAACAACACCGACGUAUUCCAUGUGGACCAGCGAUUCUGGACUUCGUUCCGUUCCCGUUACCCGGCAACUGGCCCCAGAGAGAGAGCCUUCCACUCGGCUACCGUCAUUGGAAAUUACAUGGUGGUCUACGGUGGGAAUGUUCAUAUCCACUAUCAAGAAGAGAAGUGCUAUGACGAGGAGAUCUUCUUUUACCAUUUGGGCUGUCACCAGUGGGUGUCUGCAGGGGACAGAUGGUCUCUGAAUGGGGAAUCUGUAAAGGGGCGCUACUCCCACGUUGCAGCUGUAAUGGAGGGACGAGUGCUACUGGUCGCAGGGGGUUACAGUGGCGUUGCCCUUGGAGACCUGGUGGCUUUCAAAAUGCCACUGUUUGUCAGUAGCAAUGAGGGUGAUAGGGAUGCUGUUUGCGCUGAGGCCCUGGAUGAAAGCAUGUGUCUGAAGAACCCAGAAUGCAGCUGGUGCGAGGGCCGCUGUCGAGAAUAUCAGGCCACUGAUCCGUGUGGCAGUACCGGAUGUCUGGGCCUGGCACGCUUCCUGUCUGACUGUCAAUCCUGCCUGGUGUUCAGUGGCACCCCACCCUCACUGGCCCGUGCUCCUGGCGAGUUCGGCUGGUGUGUGCAGAAUGAGUCCUGCCUCCCGGUAUCAGAGCGAAGUGCGUGCCGUGUGGACCAGAUCUCGGGGGCGUACGGCUGGUGGGGGGAGCGUACCCGUUUCCUAACCUCCCUCCACUCCUGUCGCACCGAGAACUUUGUCCCGGGACUGCACCUGCUCACCUUCCAGCACCCCCGCAACGACUCCCAGCCUGACAAGGUGUCCAUCCUUCGCAGCACCACCAUCAUUCUCAGCCCGACCACCGAGAUGGACGUAGCCCUGCAGUUCAGGGGCUUCAUCCACCCUUUAUGGGGGGCCCCGCCACCAGUGCCGCCUCCCACUGAGACCGUCUCCAUGUGGGCCCGCAUCCAGAGGCUCCACUUUGAGGCACGAAUGGCAUCGGGCCCCAACUCCAGCCAACUGGAGGUGGUGGGUCGCUGGGCGGCUCAGCAGGAGAAAGAGUUAAAGCUGCUAGGUCGCAUAGAUGGGAGCAGACUUUUCUCUAACCUCACCAGAGGUAACCAUUACCUAGUCCAGGCUGAGGGCUACCUGAACAAUUCAGGCUCAGGGCAGACCAGUGAGAUGGCUCUCAUCUGGAACAGAACUCUGUCUGGAGGGAGCGAAAUCUCCUUCUUGUUCCUGGAGCCCUAUCGCUCAGGUUCCUGUUCAGGGUACAUGUCGUGUCUGGCCUGUCUGUCAGACCAGUCUUGCGGCUGGUGCCCGACUCUGUCCCGCUGUCUGCUUCGGGACAGCCCUGAACUUGAGCCCUGCCCCGAAGGGGAGCUGGCCGAAGGAAAGGGGGAGGCUCAGCGCCAUCUACUGCUGGCACCCCAGCACUGCACUCUGUGUGAGGAGUACAGAGACUGCUCGGCUUGUACUCAGGACCUUUAUUGCGAGUGGCAGAUCAACUCCAGCAAGAAAGGAGACUACCAGUGCAGCAGGAGAGGCAGACUGGACGGCUCGAUACGCCAUCCGUUGGGGUGUCCCAGAGUCUGCAACCAGCGGAAGACGUGUGGCGAGUGUCUGUCUAACUCUAGUCAGUGUGCUUGGUGUGAGUCGGCCCAGGCUUGCUUCUAUUUUGCUGCCUACCUCACUAAAUACCCCUAUGGGGAGUGCAGGGACUGGUAUGACAGUGUGCAUUCCAUUCCACAAUGUAAGCAAUGCUCGGCUUUAAACACGUGCACAGACUGCCUGCGAACAUUCCAGUGCGGCUGGUGCGGAGACUACAAUAAUCCCACAAUUGGGAAAUGUCUGAGGGGAGAUUGGGCUGGAAUGGAUGACCCCUCUGUGUUUAACUGCAGUGUGGCUGUAGCUGAAGCUCGAGCUGCUAACCCUGAACCUCAGACGUCUGCCCCGCCUCGACCUCUGGACAUGGACAUCGAGAUGGAGCUGGAGCACAUGGAGGAUGAAGAGCAAGACGCGAUCUGGUCCUACCCCACCUGCCCCGAUGUAGAAGAAUGCCGCCUGGGUCUCCAUAACUGUCACCCCUUCGCUACCUGCAUCAACACCCCGACCUCUUACGAGUGCCACUGUGAGCGAGGCUACACGGGGGAUGGCACUUUGCACUGCAACCAGACGUGCUACAAUGAAUGCAGAGAGGGCCAGUGCAGUGGCAGCCCACGCUUUGAGUGCGAAUGCUCCCUGGGUUGGACGUCCGAUCCGGCCACUCUGGUUCUGAGUGGCGUCGAAUGUGAUGUGGACUGCGGCUGCAACUUUCAUUCCACCUGUAUCACUGCUCCGGGGAUCUGUGAUGAAUGUCAAGACUGGACCACAGGACCCCACUGUGAGCACUGCCGGCCAGGAAGCUUUGGCUCAGCCCUGGCUGGCGGCGGUGGCUGUGUUCCAUGCGAGUGUAACGGCCACGGUGACCCGCUGCGAGGAUACUGCCACAACCAGACAGGCCAGUGCUACUGCACACAUAACACUCAAGGGCCACACUGUGAGUCCUGCCUGCCUGGUUACUAUGGAGACCCCAGGAACAAUGGAACGUGCUAUCGGCAGUGCCAGGGCCGCUCUGUGCUGCUCUCCUCCUCUUCCUCCUCCUCCACCACUAUGCCGCUGUCCUCCUCCCUGGGCUGGCGAAGUGGCACAGAGGGGAAAGGAGGACUCUCUCAUUGCCUGUGGGUCCUGUCAGUGACCGAGAACCUGGGACCUUGUCUCCCCAGACAGCUGUGUCCCCCUGUCACCCUCACACUCCACCCUGACUCCCAUACCCAAUGUAAAAGCUCAUAUGUUUAUGUUUUCGACGGCCUUCCUCGUUUUCUGAAUAACGGCGUCGUGCAUUCGGAUCACAAUCUCAUCGGUGCAUUUUGUGGCACCACAAGGACUCAGCCUAUCACGGUUGAGGCCACAUCAGGUGUGAUUUCAGUCUAUUUUGAGGCCAACGUGUCGUCCACCAAGCCCCAAGGCUUCAAUGCGUCUUUCUGGGUGCGGCGGUGUCACCACAGUUCUGACGAGGGUGAUGAGGGCUCGCCUACGUGUCCAGGGGGGGCCCAGUGCCAAGGCGGGCUCUGCCAGUGCACUGCGGGGUAUGGAGGACCCCACUGCGACCGACCUGUGUGCCCCCAGGACUGUGGCGUUGCAGAGGGAAGAGGAGCUUGCAAUAUCACCCUCGGAGUGUGUGUGUGCACAGAGAACUGGGCAGGCUCCGACUGCUCUAUCCCCCGGGACUCAAACCGCCUUGUCUGGGAGACACUACUGGACACACAACUGACAGUGAACCAGGCACACAGGUUCCUCCACAGGAUGGGCCAUUCUCUUGUGUCUGGACCUCAUGGCAACCUUUGGAUGUAUGGGGGACUCUCUCUGUCAGAGGGCAUCCUGGGAAAUAUUUAUAGGUAUUCAGUGUCAGAGCGCCGCUGGACCCAAAUGUUGACAAGCUCAGUAGACGAGGGUUCCACACCUGUCCCUCGCUAUCACCAUGCUGCUGCUUUGCUGACCAGUCAUGAAAUGGGUGUCAGUCACAACUGCAUGCUGGUGGUGGGCGGUGUCAUUCAGCACUCGGUUGCCAUGGACACUUGGAGUCUGAACCUCAGCAGUUUAGUCUGGAGAGAACACAAGAGCUCAGUGCUGCCCCCUGUGGCGGGCCACACACUAACAGUACGUCGGGACAACUCCGUGCUCUUAAUCGGGGGUUACUCUCCGGAGAACGGCUUCAACCACCAUCUGCUUGAGUUCAGCCCUCACACUGGAAACUGGACAGUUGCCCCUCACACCGGAACGCCACCUACAGGUCUAUACGGCCACUCGGCUGUUUACCAUGAGCAGACCGACGCUGUGUACGUGUUUGGAGGUUACCGCUUUCACGUGGAGGCCGUGGAACCCUCAGGCGAGCUUUACAGCCUGUACUACCCAAACCUCACAUGGUCUCUCCUGGUGCCCUCACAGGGUAAUAAGCCGCUAUCUCGUUUUUUCCACGCUGCAGCCCUGAUGAAAGACACCAUGGUCAUCGUCGGGGGACGGACAGAAGCAGAAGAUUACAGCAACUCUGUGUCCUUGUACCAGAUCAACUGUAACACCUGGAUCCAACCAGACUCUGCCAUAGGUGACCCAGUCAACCGCUCUGUGUCACUUGCCAUGACGAGCUUGGGAGGUAGCCUCUUCUUGUUGGGGGGCUUCAACGGGGUCACCUUGGGGCGCCUCCUUAACUUAAUGGUGCCCUCCGACCCCUGUGUGGUGAUGUCCACACCAGAGACCUGCAACACUACCACUGGCAGCUGCGUUUGGUGCAGAGGGUCCUGUGCCUCUUCUGAUAGUGCUGAAAGAAUGGGUUGCUUAACUGUCCAGUCACCGUGUUCUCCAACCCCACGUCAGCCGGAUCAGUGCCGCAGACUUAAGACCUGCAGUGAAUGCCUUGCCCAGCAUCCCAAAACAUUCUCCAGUCUGUCACAGCCUGCGUUCCAAUGCAAGUGGUGCACCAACUGUCCAGAAGGGGCGUGCAUCAGCAGCUCUGUCAGCUGUACGUCUGAGCACGACUGUCGCAUCAACCAGCGUGAGAUCUUCCUCUCCAGCAACUGCACCGAAACCAGCUGCGAGGCAUCGGAUUGUCCCAAGUGUACAGCAUCUGGCAAAUGCAUGUGGACGCGCCAGUUCAAACGCACAGGCGAGACGCGGCGAAUCCUGAGCGUGAACCCUACAUAUGACUGGACCUGCUUCAGCUACGCCCUCCUCAACGUUUCACCGAUGCAGGUGGAAUCCUCACCACCGCUGCCAUGCCCUCCCCCAUGCCACACCCUCCUUAACUGCAGCCUCUGUCUGAGGUCCAGAGGCUCUGAUGGGGGCUGGCAGCACUGUGUGUGGAGCAUGGCUUUGCAGCAGUGCAUGAGUCCAUCUUUCGUGCCACUGCGAUGUGAAGCAGGCCAGUGUGGUCGUCUUCUCUCGGGUGGAGACUCAUGCUCUCCCCAAUGCUCCCAGCUCACCCAGUGCUCCCAGUGUAUCGCCAGGCCUCAGUGCGGCUGGUGCGCCACUCAGGGAGGCAACGGGGCAGGAUACUGCCUUCAAGGAGGACUUGAUGGAGUGAUUGAGGGAGUCUGUCCCCUGAGAAACAUCAGCUGGUCUUUCCUGCACUGUCCAGAGGAGGAUGAGUGCGCCAACGGCCAUCACCAUUGCAACAGCACCCAGGACUGCCACGACCUCCCUCAAGGAUAUCACUGCACCUGUAAACAGGGUUAUAUACUCAGCAGUGUCAGUGGUCAGUGUGAGCCAGUGUGUGCACAAGGCUGUGUGAACGGAACAUGUGUGUCCCCCGGCGUGUGCCGCUGUCACUUUGGCUUUGUGGGGGACAACUGCUCCUCUCAGUGCAGCUGUAACAAACACAGCAAUUGCGCAAGUGUUGCCAAACCGGAUGUUUGCCUGGAAUGCCACAACAACACCAUAGGAAAGCACUGCGAGAAGUGUAAGCCACUCUUUGUGGGUUUGGCCAAAGGGGGCGGAACCUGUCGUCCCUGCCGAGAGUUCUGCAGGGGGAACAGCGCUCUGUGUCUGUCUCGGGAUGAACACAAGAAAGCUUUGGAGAAUCCACGCCGCUUUCCCCUGGAACCCAACAACAUUCACAACUGGGUGUCUGAGGGUCCCACUGAAGAGAAUGCGGUGUGUGUGAGUUGCCAGAACAACAGUGUGGGCGACAAGUGUGAGAGCUGCCUCAGUGGCUUCUUCCUGCUGCAGGGGAAGUGUGAGAAGUGUCAGUGUAAUGGCCACGCAGAUACGUGCAAUGAGCAUGACGGCACAGGGUGUCCAUGCCAGAACAACACAGAGACCUCCUCCUGCCUUAGUAGUCCUCAGAGCGACCGCAAAGACUGUUACAGACAACAAUGCGCAAAGUGCAAAGACUCCUUCAAUGGCACACCGGUGAAUGGGCGUCAGUGCUACCGCCAGUUCAACGUGGACACAGAGUGCUGCUUCGAUCCCACCUCCCAGACCAACUGCUUCCAUGACCCCACCAUUCGCAACCUGCCCCGAGGGCGCACAGUUUUCUUUGCCGCCCAGCCAAAGUUCACCAACGUGGACAUCCGGGUCACCAUUGACGUCACCUUCGGCGAGGUGGAAGUGUACGUAUCCAACUCGCAUGACACCUUCAUCGUGGACGUGGACCGCCGUACGGGCGUUCACGCCAUCAUGAUCGAGGAGGAAUCGGUGACUCGAGGGACAGCAACGGGGGUAGACAAGGAUUCGCCUCCGUCUCCUAUAAAAGUCUUUGCCAACGCUUCAUCCGGACUUGGCGGUCCUGUCAUUUCCCACAAUCCAUUGCAGCUUCAAGCAAAGUCUCCAGGCUCCGAGAGGGAAAUAAGGGAUGAGCGUGCUGAAGGCCUCAUCACCUACAUCACAGUGUGGAAACCACAGACAGUCCUGAUUGUUCAUGGGGUUCGGGACCGCGUGGUUAUCACCUUCCCGCACGAGGUGCACUCGCUCAAAUCCAGCCGCUUCUACAUCGCUCUCAGAGGGGUGGGAACGGAGGCCAAACAGGGCGAGUCCCAAGGCCUGCUCUUCUUGCGACAGGACCAAGCCCACAUUGAUCUCUUUGUCUUUUUCUCUGUCUUCUUCUCCUGCUUUUUCCUUUUCCUGUCCGUCUGCGUCCUUUUGUGGAAGGUCAAGCAGUUCCUGGACUUUCGGCGGGAGCAGCGCCGGCACAUCCAGGAGAUGACUAAAAUGGCAUCCCGGCCCUUCGCCAAGCUCACCAUAUACUUGGAGCCGGAUGAGCCUCAGCUCAUCUAUCUGCCAUCUUCCGGUGGAGGGGUGGGAGGCAGCACUGUCUCGCUUGCACACGCCCGCUCCAGCAAGUUAGGAGGAGUGAUGGUGGCCCAGAGAGGCCGCACGGGAGGCGUAUCCUACAAACAUGACCUCAGCUCUGGACCCACAGCCCACCAUCACCAUCAUCUCACCCCAGGCGGGGGCAACAACGGCCAGCAUUUGCCACUACACUACCUGAACACCCACCACUACGCCGGCACCACCGCUGGCACCCAGGCCUCACAUCAACACCACCCAUCCACGUACAGCGGCUACCAGCACAUCUGCCGCUCAGAUCCCUUCCUGUCUCAGCUCAUGGGCUUCUCCUACUCCUCCUUCAAGGUGGGGCCAAUCACCCUGGAGCCCACGGACGACGGCAUGGCCGGGGUGGCCACCGUCCUUUUCCAGCUGCCCGGGGGGGUCUUGGCUCCAAAUCGUGCCUGUUUGGGCUCUGCGCUGGUUACUCUGCGUCAGAACCUGCAAGAAUACUGCGGCCACGGCAACGGAGGGGGUCACCCGGGGGCGGGCAUCGGGCGCAAGGGCCUGAUAGGGCAUCAGCACCUGACCACUAUGGCUAUGUAGGAACCAAAAUAUUUCACUGUAUAAUCCACAGAAAGGAAUUAAAUUAUUUGGGCUACAUCUUUUGAAAGUGAAAGCAAUGACAGAUUUAUCGUCACCUGUGGUGAGCAAUUUGAACAGUUGUACAUACACUGUAUAAUGCUUUAUUAAGUGUCCUGUAUCACGUAUCGCUAUACUGUACUUCAGUGUUUCAAUCGACCAAGUCAGCUGUACUUAGAAUGCACCAAAACUGCGACCAGUUACAGACUAUCCACAGUUACAUCACGUCUGUGUUCACUGAGGAGGUAUGAAGCCUGCGCUCGCUUUGGAACCAACACAUGGUUUAAUGCCGCCCAAUAGUGACAAUCAAGCUUCCAGUUCGGACUAAAAUUAAAAUGAGUGCAGCAUAUAGCGCAACAAGUUAUGGCUGAAAAAGUUAUUUCUUAGUAUGAGUUAUCUUUCUGUUUGUGUUGCAGGCCUCUAGAAAUCGUGUUUGGGGUUUUUUUGUUUUUUUUUUGCAUCUCAUCCACCUGUUACAUGGUUAAUGUUUUUUCUGCACAUCUGCCUUUUUUACUUGCCUUGUCUGUGAGUCAACAGGCUUACUUUAAAUACUGUACUUUUUGUGUUUUGUAACAAAAAAAAGUCAUUUUAUGUUGUUGCGAAUUUAAUAAGUGCACUCGUCCAUCCAAAUGAAGAUAUUUGCAAAUGUGAUGGUGUUUUCUGUAUGUGUAAUGUAUGUCUGUUUGGCUUGUUUUGCUGGACUGCUUUAAUAUGGGCAAACCUGCCUGCAUAGAUGAUUGUAUUAGCUGCCGUUGAGUAAAACAUCUCAAAAUAAUGGCUAACAAUAAUGGAUACAUACAACAAAUGAAAAAUGUUAUUUUGCGAGUACAAUGAAAAUAGGAUGGAUUAUCUUCAGAACUUCUCCUGGUGAGAGUGAUUUUUAAAUGAAAUGAGACAGAAUUACAUGUUCACUGGUUGACAUUUUUUAUGUUUUAUUUUUUUUUUGCACAGAGCCAAUGAGCCCUACUUCUUAGGUGAAACACUAAAAUUGAAUUUUUAACAACAAAGGUUAUAAUCAUGAACUGAAUCACCCUAAAACGUUCAAGCUUAGUUAAAUAUGGUCUCUAUUUAUAACUGCAUCACAAGUAAGCGUUUUUUUACAUGCAUUAUUUUUGUACAUAACUUCAAAGAAGGGAACAGUGUUGUACAGAAGAUUGCAUUAAGGUUACCUGUCAUGAGUCGGAUGAAAUAAUAAAAACAAGUCUGUGAAUUAA